CACGCUGGGAGGCGAGAAUGGCUGAAAAGGGCCUUGCUGAUGGAUGGGAGGGGAUCGGGGCCAGGCCUGAUAGAGACUAGUUGCCUAAUUGGAAAGAGCCUGUUGGUGGCCUAUAAAGUGUGGAUUGGGGCGAGUCUGCUUGGCUAUACAAGAACUAAUUGUUAGGUGGGAAGCGGGGUUGGGAGUGAAAACUUUUGGAGAUGUUUGGGGAGAAAAAUGCAGCCCCCCGACGUGUUCCUCCGCAGCUAGGACGAGUGAGCGCCGUGGCGAAGGCUUUGCGAUGCGCCUUGCUAUUAUCACCGGCUCCGGGGAGCGUCUCUGAGAGGACUGGCGGUGAAUUCUGCCGGCUCUGGAUCUACGACUUGGCUCCUCCACGGGGCGUCUUUCGCUGCCCAGGUGUCUUCGACCCAGACAACGCCACGUUAUGCUGCGGGACCUGCCGUCUGCCGUCCUGUUGCGUCGCUCGGGAGGACCGGUUAGACCAGGUGGUGUGUCACAGGGAGCUGCGAGGCUUCAGCAACCCGCCGCCUCGCGAGGAGCCAUAUAACUGGGACUACUACUUUCUCUGGUUUGUUCUGGUGUCUCUUGUGUUGAUUCUCCUCUUUCUGGGUCUUGGGUCCUUCUGCACCAAUAUCCAGGAUUGUCUCUGGUCAUGUCUACUGAGGCAAUGCCAGCAAACCCCACCAGAGGCCAAUAACUCCCCUGCAAGGCUCCAGAUUACUUGUCCUCAGAUCUCCUAUGUCCACAGGAGCUCAGCUUCACCACCUUCAGAUGAUGGGAGACCUCACAGCUCUUGGGUUUUGCCCUGCAUGAAUGAAGGCAAUCUGCCUAGUGUGCUUUUCCAGCGUUCAUACAAUGGCGACUUGGAAGAUACCGUCACGAUAGUGUCACCAACAAUGACUCCUUCAGACUUGAUUGCUUCUGAAAUCCCCGAGCCUGAAUCAGGUUUGGAACUGGGACCCUCCUCUGAGUUCAGCACACAAUAGACUUGAAGACAUGCCUGCACUGAAGGGGUGAGGUACAUCUGCGAAAGCACAAAACAGCCUAUACAACCUCCACUUCCUCUUAGGAUCAAGGGAAUGAAUGAAAUCUUUCUGAUCAUGCUUUUAAGAGUGCUUUUUAACUAGACUGAUUCCUUUUUUAAAAAUUAAAAAAUGUAGUUCUUGGCUUGUCCAAAUCUUGUCGUUCACCUUCUUGCAAACAAAAUGCUGGUGUGUCUUGGUAAGCAGUCAGUGCAGGAUUUGUGCUGAAGCAAUCUCUGUACGUACCUACCUACCCAAUCAAGUCCUUGAAGAAGCCUGGAUGUGUCCUUUCUGUGAUCAUGAUGGACAAAGUUGAAAGAGGGGAUUGUUCUCUAACCAUACAGGAAGCAAGUCUCUUGGAAUUGAUCACCACACCUAGUUUACCAUUUGCCCCGGGACUGUAUGGUACAUCAAAUCGUAGUCUGGAAUGCACAGUUAAUAUGCAACUCCUCUUCCAAAUCUAAUUACUUGUGGUGUUGUGCUACUUUCCUUGAGAAGCCAUGCCUUUUAGUUCAGAGAAGAUCCUUCUGGUCCUCUUGGAUACUGGAAGGAUCCAUGACUCUGAGCUAGAAGGCUUGGCCUCUAAGGCAGGGGUCUUGAACUAUAGCCCCCUUGCAGCCCUACAACACCCAUCUUCCUUGGCUACUGGCCACUGUAACUGGGGUGGAUGAGAGUUUGAUUCUAACAGCUGGAUGGCUGCAGUUUGGGACCCCUGCACUAAAGAGGCAUGGAUACAAUAUUAAAGUAACCCAUAACUUUGGAUGGGGAGGAUGAAUAGCAACCUGUUAGGCCUAUGCCAGGAGUGUCAAGCUGUGGCCUUCCAGGUGUUGUUGGCCUACAUCUCCCAUCAUCCCUCGCUUCUGGUCACUGUGACUGGGGAUGAUGGAAGUUGUAGUCCAACAGCUGACACCCCUGGCCUAUGCCACACAUCUUGACAAGUCUAUCUAGUUCUACAGAACUAGAUAGAGCUAAUUCUGUGCUACUGGCUUAGACAUCAGCAGAGAUGCCCCUGAAUAUAGGCAAAGCAUAUCCUGAAAGCAACAUCUUGCAUAUUGCCAUUGGACAUAUUGCCAUUGGUAGGCAAUCCCUUGGCAUGUUUCCUCUGAGGUGAAUGUACUUUGGGGCUGCCUACCUACAAAUAAUUGUCUCUGUAGCUCUUCCUCCUUGAGAUGUAAUGGCUGCCUAUUGGCCUAAGCCACAGGGGGCAUGGUUCCAUAGCUCCUGUGGACGAAAUGGCUGCAUACCAACAGCUUUUUGACUCCUCUGUAUUAAUCGAUCCCAAAGAGGUAAAACAGGGAAACACUGUGUGCUUCUGGGGAUGCACAAAACUGUUUUUAGCAGAUAUGUACUCUACAAAUGUAUGUUCCGAUUGACCAAUAAAUGCAUGCAGUAGUUUGA